AUGGAAAAUCCUUUGCUGACAUUGAAUGACGAUAUCAGCAAAAGGGUGGUGUUUAAAGAAGAGCUAAAAGAGGUAAGUCGCAUUGCGAUUCCAAUGAUAGUGGUGAAGGUGUCGCAGUUCCUGUUGCGCUACGCGCCAAUGGUUAUGUUGGGUCAUCUAAGUGAACUCUCCCUCUCUAGUGCCUCCAUUGCCACAUCUUAUUGCAAUGUCACUGGCUUCGCUCUCAUUUAUGGAAUGGCAGCUGGAUUGGAAACUUUAUGUGGGCAGGCCUAUGGAGCACGGCAGUAUAAGAAAGUCGGAACUAUUACUUGUGCUGCCACUAUAUUUCUUUUAUUCGCGUGCGUGCCAGUUUCUCUUCUAUGGAUCUUCACUGGCAAAUUGCUUUUAUGGAUUGGCCAAGACCCUUCAAUCUCUGUUGAAGCUGGAAAAUAUUCGAUUUGUCUCAUCUUAACUCUCUUUCCCUAUGCUAUUCUUCAGUCACUUGUUUGCUACUUUCAGACUCAGAGUUUGAUACUUCCAAUGGUAUGGACGUCAGCAGCGUCUCUAUGCUUUAACGUACCACUCAGUUGGGCUUUAAUAUUCAAAUUUGAGUUAGGGGCCAGUGGUGCAGCUAUUGCGAUUGGUUCAUCAUAUUGGUUGAACGUAAUUUUACUUGUGAUUUACUUAAAGUAUUCGACAGCAUGUCAAAAGACACGUCCCUAUUUCUCGAAGGAUGUAUUCCUUGUUUUGCCAGAGUUCUUCCAAUUUGCUAUUCCAUCUGCUGGAAUGGUUUGUUUGAGAUGGUGGGCAGUUGAGCUGAUUACAUUGCUCAGUGGUUGGCUGCCAAAUCCACAGCUAGAGACUUCUGUCCUAUCUAUUUGCCUUACAAACUCUCAAAUACAUUUCCAUUUUCCCUUUUCUUUUGGUGCUGCUGCAAGUCUUCAUUCUAGCAACUGCAGAAUUCCUGAUAGCAAGUGGAAUUCUGUUUUGCUUGCGUAA